CAGCAUCCUCUCGACUCUUCACAGACAGCCAUAUUUUGUAACUGCACCACAAAUAUCUCAAGUUGGCAAAUACCAUUUGAACCUUUUGUAUUGGAGCCCACAGGUCAUCCGCAAUGCGUCCACCGGGUGAGACAUAGCUACCCGGGUAGCAAAAUGUUGUUGCACUUUCUAUCAUCUACACUUUGUCUCAUCAGAAUCUUCGGAUGUGGCAAGAGUUCUUAUUAUCCGUAUAUUGUUUAUUUCAAGGUUGGAAACUUGCCGUUUCGUCGUGUUUGCAAACGGCUUGGCGCAGAAAUCACCUGUGGUGAAAUGGCACUGGCAACACAACUUCUUCAAGGUAGACAAAGUGAAUGGGCCCUGUUACGACGUCAUUCGUCCGAGGAUAUUUUUGGAGUGCAGAUUUGUGGAGGUCACGUGGACACGAUGACCAAAGCCGCUCAGCUGAUAGACGAGCACUGCGAAGUCGACUUUGUGGAUAUAAACUGUGGUUGUCCUAUCGAUCUGAUAUGGAAAAAAAAAGCUGCUAUUUUGAUGUAUUUGCCAUUACCUGUAAAAAACAAUCAACAAUUUCACUUUUCAGCGGCUAAAGAGCGCGUAAGGCGGGCAGUACUCGUCAUCAACUUUUCAUUAUUUUUAUCAGGUAACGGAGACGUUUUAACUUACGAAGAUUACGUGCGUCACAAGGAGGCAUCUGGUGUAUUGGGAGCCUUAUCCUCCUCGCCGUGGAUAUUCACCGAGAUUCGCGAAGCUCGAACGUGGGAUAUCUCGGCAUCUGAGCGGCUUGAUAUAUUGCGCGAGUUCACAAACUACGGCUUGGAAUUGUGGGGGUCCGAUACUCGCGGUGUGGAAACAACGCGCAGAUUUCUCCUCGAGUGGCUAUCUUUCUUGUAUAGGUUCGUCUCCACUGUUUGCCCUUUUUCCAUACUCUCUGUUCAUGUCCUUUUUGUUUACACGGCGAAACCAAGGGUUUUAGGAACCGAAUUUCUUUGCGAAUAUUCUAUAUUGCGAUGA